AUGCCGGCCAGCAAGCCGCCGUCGAAGCGAUCUCCUCCGCUUCACGACUCGCUUGCCACGUGUCAAGCGGUCAGCAGCGUGAGGCCCGCUCACGAAGAGAAGGAGGAAAUGGACGCGGUGUCGGCUAACUUCCGGCAACCUGACGGCGCGUCGGUGGUGCCAGCGAACGGGACCAGCAACGGCACGGCCUCAGCGAACGGUGCAGCGACGAGCGGAUGGAGCGGAGAGGAGCUGAUUGGCUACGAGGGGAAGGGCAUGCAGCAGAGACUCCGCGUGGCGGUCGACGUUGAUGAAGUGCUGGGAAGCUUCCUGUCGACGCUGAACCUCUUCUGCGCCGAGAAGUACUCCGUCCGGCACGACCUGCACGAGUUCUACGUCUACGACUUCAUGAAGGUGUGGAAGUGCUCCCAGGAGGAAGCCAACCACCGAGUGCACGACUUUUUCAAGUCAGCACAUUUCAACGACGGCAUCCCCAUCAUCCCCGGCGCCUUUGACACGCUGCGCCGCCUCUCCCACUUCACCGACCUCGUUGUUGUCACGUCGCGGCAGCAUGUGAUUCGAGAGCCCACGUUGGAGUGGUUGGACAACCACUUCCCAGGGGUCUUCUCCUCCGUGCACUUUGGCAACCACUUCGCCCUCGAGGGCACGCCCCGCCCCAAGUCUGAGAUGUGCCGCGAGCUGGGCGCCGAGGUGCUGAUCGACGACAACCCGCGAUACGCCAUGGAGUGUGCGGAGCACGGUAUCCAGGUGCUGCUCUUUGAUUGGCUGCUGCAGUACCCCUGGAGCAAGACGGCGGGCGGCGGGCCGCACCACGAGCUGAUCGAGCGGGUGAGGGACUGGGGCGAGGUGGAGGUGGCUGUAAGGCACAUGGCGGUGGAUAGGGCCAUGCCGUGGAUCAAGGAGGAGAGGAAGAACGCUCAUAGAUGA